AGCAGAUUUCUCAUUGAAGAACUUGAAGGUUGAUCACAUCUUUUAGCGGUUCAAUGCAACUUUGUGCCGACGGUGCCGACAUGCCCAUUUUUGACACAUGUCAGCCAAUGUCAGCUGUUCAGAGAUGCUCAAAUAGCAACCGCUCUGAAAACGUCGAACCAUAAGAAGUCGUCGUAUGGUCAGUUCCUCUAAAAACCCAAAUACUUUAGCGCUAUACGUACAUCUGUCUUGAUCUGCCUACUGGUGUGCUUUGUAACCUUACACUUCGCACGAUAUUCAAGGUUUUUAGUAAUUUUUAUCGAGUAGCUAUCGUGUCGUUCAUUGCUUUUUUAUUAUAAGAAAUAUUUCCACUUCAAGUUGUAAAAGAGCUAUUACAAUGAAAUGGUAUUUGGAUACGUAAUCAGCAGAUUUAAUAAAGUGAGCUUCCCACGACAUAUAUCAUCACUGUAAUCGCAAAGAACAAUCCUUAUUAUCGACCGAAUGGACACGACGUGGCAAUAUCAUACACAAAUUAGAACUGGUAGUCUGAUCCGACUAAAAUCUGUACAAGAAGAACCUUUGAGCCAAAUUGUUCACAGAAGAGUUCGACCGAUUUGGCUGCAUCUUAUUACUAUUUUUUUUACUAAAAAAAUGCUCUAUUCUGCUAUCAAGUUCAGUGUAGCAGGAGGAAUUAUGUUUCAGUUUCAUUCACGUAUUGGAUUUUAUUUACUCAUUUUAGCAGCCUGUACCGAUAGUGUUUGACUAUUAUUUUAUGGACAAUUCAUGCUCAACUUUUAUUUUUUCUUGUGUUGUGUACAAACACUAAUAUGCUUUUCAGUGUAUUACCUUCUAAAGGAUAAAAUAUAAUAUAAAAAUGAUGUCUGUUUUAAGAGUUGCACGCCCUAUGCGUUACCAAUAUCAAAGAAUAGCUGUAUUACGCAUUAUUCGUUGCCAAGCUUAUAAAAGUGUUAUCAAAUCUCCUGUGGUAGAGUCUAAAAGCUCUUUAGUAUUAUUCAAGAUUAUAAAGCAACAAAAAUAUUAUUUUCAAACUACACCAAGACGUGAUAUUUCUCCUAUUAUUGCAUUAAUUCUACGGCCAUUGAUUCGUAUUGGAGCUUUCUUGUUUGGCCGUGCCUUUAGAAAAUGGUGGGCUAAACAGUCUGUAGAAGAACGCCACAAGUAUAGUGGAUGGUUUUCUAGAAAGAAACAGGUAUUCUUUGGAAUUAUGGGUGCUUUUCUAUUUGGACUUGUACUUUACUAUGGCACUCAUAUACAAACUGAUCCACUGACGAACCGAUCCCGAUUCAUAAUGUUUGAUAAGAAACAACAGGCAGCUCUAUCUAAGAUUAUCUUUGAAAUGCAUUUAGAAACAUUCAAAGAUACUUUGAUAACGAAGGAUCAUCCAACAUACAAGAAACUCAUCAAAAUUACUGAACAGAUACUAAAUGCUAAUAAGGAUUUAGAAUCUAUAAAGGACAAGCAAUGGACUUUAACUGUUGUCAAUUCCCCUCUGAAAAACUCUUAUGUUUUACCAGGAGGAAAUAUUUUCGUAUUUUUGGGUAUGUUAGAGAUAGUAGAAAAUGAAGACCAAUUGGCAGUGAUUUUGUCUCAUGAAAUGGCACAUGCACUCCUGGAUCACUCGAUUGAACAAUUAUCAAAUGGCAUAAUAUUGGAUCUAUUAUUAGCUCUGCCAAUUGCUAUAAUUUGGGCAUUCUUUCCAGAUUUAUUAGCAAUAAUUUUUCAAUUUUUGGGACAAACUGUAAUAGAUCUAAUUCACCAUCUACCAUAUAGUAGAGCCCUGGAAAAUGAAGCUGAUCAAGUGGGCUUGAUUCUCUGUGCAAAAGCAUGUGUGGAUGUACGCGAAGCUGUUGUUUUUUGGGGAAUGAUGAGAGUCCUUACUGAACUCAAGGUUGAACCACAGCAGAUUCCAUUAUGGUUAUCAACACAUCCGGAUCACGGAGAUCGAGAAAAGACAUUGAAUAAUCAAAUGGAAAAAGCAUUAGAAAGAAGAUCUUAUUCUGGAUGUCCACCGUUGCCUUCCAUUGAUCCAAGAAAAAGAUUUUACGCACUCACGAGCAAAGAACAUGAAACAAUAUUUAAACGACGUGGAAUCAUCCCGAUUUCAUGAUAUCCUUUGGAGAACUUGGACUUCAUUCUCAUACAAAAAUAUUCUUCAGGGUAACAUCAACAUGAGGAAUUUGAAGAACCUUUAAGUAUUUUUAUUCUAUAUAAUUUAAGGAAUGCCUAGUCAAAACAGUAGCGUGUCAAAAAUUUCAUGUCCAAAUUAUCUUGCUCAUCUCGAAAUAGAAUCAUUAACCGUUUCACUGCUAUGGACACAUAUGUGUAUCCGACAAGCAUUUAAAUCUGAAAAGCUCCGUAUCCGAGGGUUAAUAUAAAAAUGCAUUAUAUGUAAAUAAUAUCAACGAGAAGAUAUCUAAAAUAAAUAUGUGCUAUAAUGUGAUUUUUUAAUAAUUCGCAUUACACAUUCGAAACCUGAUAA